UACAUACUAUAAGAAAGAAGCACAUUGCUCAAACACGCAGCCUCCGCCACCGUUGUGUCGCUGCGUUCUCCGGCCCACCCCACACUCCCUUCUGUACCCCGCAGCCUCCGCCACCGUUGUGUCGCUGCGUUCUCCGGCCCACUGUAGUUCGUUGAAGUCGGCUUAUUUUCUCUGGAUAGCGUGUAAUUGCUUUGUGAAAGUGAAAUUGCAAAGAAAAGAUGAAGUUGGAUGUGGACGCGCUGAGAUACCUCUCCAAAGAUGAUUUCAGGGUUCUUACCGCCGUCGAGAUGGGCAUGCGGAAUCAUGACAUUGUACCGUCGGAGUUGAUUGACAGAAUCGCGUCCCUCAAGCAUGGUGGCACCUAUAAAGUUUUGAAGAAUUUGCUUAAGCACAAACUCUUGCAUCAUGAUUCUUCCAAAUAUGAUGGUUUCCGGCUGACAUAUUUGGGCUAUGACUUUCUUGCAAUUAAGACAUUGGUUAACCGUGGAGUUUUUGCUGCGGUUGGUCGUCAAAUUGGUGUGGGAAAGGAAUCUGAUAUUUUUGAGGUCGCUACGGAGGAUGGCACAGUUCUUGCCAUGAAGCUGCAUAGGCUUGGUAGGGUAUCUUUCAGGGCAGUCAAGUCUAAACGUGAUUAUUUGAGGCACCGUAGUAGCUAUAAUUGGCUGUACUUGUCACGGCUUGCUGCUCUCAAGGAGUUUGCAUUUAUGAAGGCUUUGGACGAACACGGUUUUCCUGUUCCACAUGCUGUGGAUUGCAAUCGGCAUUGUGUCAUCAUGUCACUCAUCCAAGGUUAUCCGCUUGUGCAGGUUAAGCAAUUGCAAAACCCAGACACGGUCUUUGAAACAAUCCUUGAACUUAUUGUUCGCCUGGCAGAGCAUGGACUUAUUCACUGCGAUUUCAAUGAAUUCAAUAUCAUGAUUGAUGAGGAUGAGAAGGUUACAAUGAUUGAUUUUCCGCAAAUGGUUUCAGUUUCUCAUCGAAACGCCAAGAUGUACUUUGAUCGUGAUGUUGAAUGCAUAUUUAAGUUCUUUAGAAAGAGGUUCAACAUCAAUUCUGAUGAAAAUGAAGUUGAACAUGACGAUUCAGAAGUCCAAUCUGAUGAAGAUUGCAGGCCUCAGUUCUCGGACAUAAAGAAAGCUUCUGGUUUCCUGGACAAGGAACUUGAAGCAAGUGGUUUCACUAGAAAGGAUCAAGAUGAUAUAGAGAAGUUUGUUGAUGGGGAUGCCGAGGAAGAUCCGGGAUCUGAUUCUGAAGAAACUGAAGAUGAACAAGCAAUUGUUGAUCAGACAAAUGAUGACAUUAUAAAAAAUUUUGAGUCCUUGAGUUUGGUUAGAGAGGGAGAAGAUGAUUUGCCUGAAGGUAAUUUGGAGAACCGUCAAUAUAUUAUGGAUCAAGAUACUUCAAAGGAACAUAGCGGAAAAGGACAUAAGCCCCACAAAAACAGACUUGAGCAUGAGAAUAAUGCUGGGGAUGAGGCACAGGUAAAGCGAGGGCAUGAUUCUGAAGAAGAUGAGCAGACUGAUGAUGACCCUGAACUCGUAAAGCGUCUGAGUAAACAAAGACAACGGGCCAUCCAAGCAGCCCGUGGUAGGAGGAAGGUUAUAACUUCUAGAAACGCUUACAAGGACAAAGGUGGAAGGUCCUCUCACAAUUCAAAGAUCCAAAAACAAUUAAGUAGCUGGUAAGUUAUAACUAAGAGUGAAGGGAAUUUUACAGAAAUUGGUUACUGAAUGGAGUCGGAGUCAAUGAAGACUUAUGUAAGGCUGCAUUCACACUUCAACCAGCAGUGAGACUUGUGUGGAUACUGCUCCAGUGGUGGCUGUCAAGUGAACCAGCAAAGAUAAUUAUGCUUUAUUGCGCUUCCCCUUGCUCACAGCCUACAUAUAUACAUGCCAUGUAAUAUUUAAUAGGUCUUCAUAUAGUUCCAGAGACGAUGGGAGGAAGUAUAUCAGCGUGUUUGAUUAAAUUCUUAUAAAUUUUGUUUGCAGUUUCUACUAAAUGUUGUCUUAGUGAGGCUUGAGUAA